AUGGAGUCAACAGUGAUCUCCGCCAUGAAGGGCGAAAAGCUGAAAGACCCUCUGCAAUGGAGGAACUGGUUCGCACGAAUUAAGCUGUAUGCACGCCAGAAAAGGGUGUGGGACCUCAUUGACCCCCAUACCGAAGAAGGUUACCUCGAGGAACCAAUCAGAAGACCUCGAAGACCUCAAUAUCCAGAAGAUGGCAACGAAUCGGCGAAGAGAGAGUGGAGAGACCGCAUAGAUAUCUAUAAACUAGACCUAAGCGAAUGGGAACAACAGAGCAAGAGCCUAGACGCUGUUAACGAGUGGAUCAUCACCAAUUUGGAUCCAAUUCACCAUACUUCCAUGCUGAAUUACCAAACUCCGUACGAAAGGCUUGUAUAUCUCCAUACUCGAUUCGGAAGAGCCACAGCCGCAGAAGAAGACGUGCAGGAACCUAUCGUGAGAUACAUCCACAGAGAUCGACCGUUAGUACGAUCUCAAAAGCUUCUUUCUCAACACUGCAAGGAUUCGAAGAAGCAAAGCAAGAAGAUCAAUAGCAAGCGCAAGCGCUACAACCGCAGCAACCACGAUCCUUACCACCGAUUCCAAAGCGCUGGUGCCCAUGUGGUUAAACGUGUCGAGGAACGUCUUUCGAAAGAUGAAGCGUGGAAGACCUGGAUAGACAAGAUGGUCAAGGAUCAUAAUGAGAAGAACGGGGUCAACAAUACCAAGACGGCUAAUUCAACGCAGCUCUGGGGCUCGUACUUCACUAGUUUUCCAAUCGAUGAUGAUACUCGCAAGCGAUGGUUCCUAGAUACCGCAUCAUCAGUGCAUGUGUGUAACCAAAGGGACCUAUUCACCAAAUUCACUCCGAAGGCAGACAACCUAAGGACCGGAGACUCGUCUACCGCUGUGGAAGGAAUCGGAAGUGCCAUCAUGACUAGGAUAGGACCCGACGGGUCUAUUAGGCCGAUUCAGCUAAGCAACGUCGUGUAUUCGCCCGGAUUCCAUGCCAAUUUGAUGUCUUAUGUAGCGCUGAAAGAGAAGGGUGUUCGAUGGGACGAGGACAACGAGUGUAUUAAGGAUUCUGCUGGAGAACCGAUCGUCAACGUACGUCUCAUCAAACCGCUGAAGAUAUGGGGAUUCGAUCAACCAAACCAAUCUAUACCGGACACUACUGCACAUGCUUUCGGGAAAUACGGUCGAAUCCACUUCGAUUUGGUGCAGUUUCCGCCUGGGUAUAAUGGCCACCAAUGGAUGACCCAUUUCUAUGUGGAAGGUAUCAGAUUCCACUGGUUGUACACGCAUAAACGGAAAUAUGAGUGCAGAGAAGCUGUUCGGAGGUUUAUAGCCCUUGUCAAGAACUGGUGGAAUCUACCAAUCAAGGCAUUUCACUAUGAUAACGAAUUGUCUACGGGUGCAGAAGCUAAACGCUUCCUAAGCCACGAAGGGAUCGUCGUCUCACAGAUUAUCCCAUAUCAUUCGGAACAGAACGGGCCUGCAGAGCGUUCAGGAGGUGUCAUCUUGACGAAAUCGAGACAUCUGCAUAUCGAGAGUAAACUGCCGAAGGAACUCUGGCCAGAGAUGGUUAGUACCGCAGCAUGGAUUUUGAACCGAAUCCCUACCUACCUGAAGGACGAGAACCGCUGGAUUGUACCGUGGGAUGAAGCACGACAGGAUUUCGGCAGCGAAAGGAUGAAGAAGGCUAACCUUGCUAAUCUUCGCGUAUAUGGCUCGUUGACCUACUGCCGAAUUCGAAAGAUCCCACGCCUACAGAAGAUCUCUCCCCGCGCAGAGGUUGGAUUCUUGGUUGGAUACGUCGCUUCGAAUAUCUGGAAGGUCUGGUUUCCAUCGAGAGGAAAGGUCGAGCAAGAAAUCGCAUUACCUGCGCCUGAACCGACGAUCUUGACCGACGAAGAGCACCUAGAUGUCCUACGCGAGGACCUCGGGAUACCUGAAGAGCCGUCAACAAACCGAAAUACAGAGGAGGAUCGGCAGCAAGAUCAUGACGAAGCUCAUCAGGAAGACCCUCUAGUGUCUGGGGUUGAAGAAGGGGAUCCUACAGAAGCUACCGCUGAACCUCAGGGGGUGGUUACACUCAUUACCCCGGAACCUAACGAGAGAGACCGCCUACAGGCAGAUCAGGGUCACCAGACUGAGACCUUACCAGGCUCAUUUCCAAUCGAAGAGCCUCCAAUUUUGCCUCCGAGUCCCGCCGGAGAUCAAAGUACCACUACGUCUCCUACUGCAGCUGGUCAGGGGGUAGACAACCAGCCAAUAUCCCAGGCUACCAACCAGAGAUCUUGUCUUAAUGAAGACCAGCCGCCAGAGCCGGAGAUACCGCUUAAAUCUCUCACGGAAGAGAGUACCCAAGAAGAAGAAGAUUCGCUUUCUGAUAGCGAGCAGCAACUACACACUGAGCUACACACACGAAGAAGCGAUGGAAUCGACACUGCCAAUAUCCUCGAGGGUAGCAGAAGAAGAAGACCGAGGGUAAACCCUGACUACCACGCAUACGCCACUAUCCAACCAGCCGUCGAAAACGAACCACCUGAAUUGCUUCGCACGUUCGCAGCAGCGUUAUACACCGAGAAGCCGAUUCAACGCCACAGAGACGAUCUACCACCACGUGCGCUAUAUGGAUUGCGCAUCUCACCAAAGCUAUGGCAACAAGAAGCAUCUCGAGUACUCGAGAAACUAGGUCUCACACCAAUACCAGAAGACCCCUGUGUCUUCGUUUCACACGGAAUCAUCGUCUUCUUCUAUGUUGACGAUAUCCUCAUUACCAAUCACCCAUCAGUGCGCGAGAAAGCUAAGCAGCUAGAAAAGGAUCUCGAGGCACACUGGGAACUCACAGACCAUGGGGAAGCUGAAUGGUUCUUAAACAUUCGAAUCAUCCGUGACCGCAGAGAAUAUAAGCUUUGGUUAUGCCAGGAUGCCUAUAUCAGCAGUAUGGCAGCCCGAUACAAUCUAACAGACCGUCCGCCGGUCUACACACCGUUACCAGUGGAAGAAAUGAAGCCAUACGAUGGCACUGCGACACCUGCCGAGAUCAAAUUGUACCAAGGAAAGCGAAAGCAGCUGCAAAGCUAUCGCAAUUUCUUCGAAAUCCAAGUCCACAGCACCAACGAGCGGUUGAUAGAGUGA